CACAUUCGGUGAUCACUCUCAUUCAGUAUGCCGUUCUUGAAGUUCGCUUUCACUUUGUCACUUGUGGCUUCCUAUGUCUUUGCUGACGGAGGCUACGGAGGACAUGGAGUUUCCCUCGGUGGGCAUGGAGGUUCCUUCGGAGGUCAUGGAGGGUCAGUGGUUGUGAGUCAUGGAGGCUCCCUGGGAGGUGGAUAUGGUUCAGGCGUCCUUGGAGGUUCCUUCGGAGGAGGACCUGGAGUGCAUGGAGGUUCUUUCGUAGGGCAUGGAGUCUCAUCUGGAGGCAGAUAUGGAGGCCAUGGGGGAGGUUCCGCUACCUCAUUUAGUGUAUUCAACCUGGGACAUGCUGGGUCCUUAGGAGGUGGAUACGGAGGUCAUGGUGGCGUCUCUGGAGGUCUUGGAGGAAUCUCUGGGGGUCAUGGAGGAUAUUCUGGAGGUCUUGGAGGAAUCUCUGGGGGUCAUGGAGGUUUUUCUAGCGGGCACAGAGGAUUAUCUUUAGGCCAUAGAGUGAUCUCUAGUGGCCACGGAGGUAUCUCAGGGUCCUAUGGAAAGUAAAUGAUCAUCUAGACCUUCUCCCAACUAUCAUCAUAACUUAUUUUCAUAGAGUAUUAUUAUUCAGUCUAAAAUAAUGUAUUUUAUGUUCCCUGAUUAAAAAAACAGUUGACAAUUUGCUAGACAUAAACAUUGUCUUGUAUUUUAUAUUACUAACUAGAAAUAAAAAAUUGUAUAAU